AUGCUGGGAUGGCUAAAGCUUCUUGCGGUGGAGGCGCGGGAGAUAGUGAACACCAUCACUGGCUCCAACAAUGAGUGGUGGAAAGCCCUCCUCUUCGAGUACGUGGCGUUUUGGAACAUCAUCGACUGGCUCUCGAUGGCUUGCUCCUUCGCCGUGGUGGGGACGUACAUCCGCGUGCAAAUGGAGGCCGGCGCGGCCUCGGAGGUGCUGACCGCCGCCCAGAACGGCACCAGCGCGCAGGACGCGCAGGCGGCCUUCGAGGCGGCGGAGAAAGCUUCAUCGACGCCAGCGCGGACUUCAGCCUUGCGCUGCUCUUCUUCCCCAUGCUGGUCAUGCUUCGGCUCUUCAAGUCCUUCCACGCGCAGCCACGCUUGGCGAUUGUGA